AAGCUGUACUGUAAUUAGUUUUGUGUCUUCUCCUGAAUAAGGCUGUGAGUGCCUCCAGGGGAGACCAGGAGUUAGUUGCAUCUGUACCUGCAGGAUCAGGGGAUCUGCUUGGGUGUGUAGGUGGUGUCCUGCACAAGGGUGCCCUGCUGAAGGGUAAGCGAGGACUGGGAUCCAGUCCACAUUCCACUUGGCAAACUAUACUCCCUGGCACUGGGCGGUUUCUGCCAGGGGAAAUGGUGCCUUUUCCUAAUUCACUCUAAGUGCUUAUUGCUUAGUGUGCGAUAGAUCUUGGGGACGGUUUGGGCAGAAGGAGGGCCUCUCAGAGAGGUAUGCUGGUAACUGUUUAACAACCAGUUCCCAAGUGGGAAAAACCCUGAUCUGUAGCAUUUGCCAAUUCCCAUAGUGUGAAUACUCCCACCACGGCUGAUUUCAAGCCACCGAGUUAGGAAGUGCACAAUUGGCUCCUGCGAGCCCCUAAGAUUUGGCUCCAGCAGACCACUGUAGUUAAACAGCCAUGAUCUUAAAACUACAUCUGAAUCAAAAUUAAGGUCCCAAAAGAAAGACAGAGAGACAGAGACAGAGACCCAGAAACAGACAGAGACAAAACAGACACACAGAGGGGCACUCUACUUCACUUUGAAGUUCUGGGCCUCCUCAGGGCAAAGAAUUGCUUCAUCCAAGUCCUGUGCAACCUGCAGGAGGGAACUUGCUCAAGGGAAGGCUGGACCAGUGGUUCCAUGCCCCCUGAAAUGAGCCCGUCGCCCCUAAAACAGGGCCCCCGAUCCCUCUGCUCAGCCUGUCCAAGGCCUUUGACUCAGCAGAGCCCAGAGCAGAAGUUUCUUCCCUUUCCUGGGCACAGGCUUUGCUCUCUGCUGCCUCAAUUCCUCGUCUCCUUUAGAGCUUGGCUCAAGACCACCUGCCCUGACCAUCAGAACAUGACCUUGACCCCCACCCCAUACACUUUUAUAGGCACUGAAUUUGUUUCCUCCUUCCAGAUCCUACCUGCCAUUCCCCUGACCCGGGGUCUCACCUGGACCAAGUCUUACGCAUUGAAAUUUUUAUUGAUUGAUCUACUGACCUAAGACCUUUUGCAACAGAUGAAGGGGCCCCGAUUAAUGAAUUUGACAACACUUACCUUAGCGCCUACUCUGUGCUAAGGAGCUAUGGGCCAAGGAGCCAUGGAGAAUGGUCACAGAGUGUCCCGCAAAGUCCGGAAGCUGGGCUCUAACCGCCGGCGACAGACACGAGAGCCAGCUGAUGGCCAGGAUGCCCCUGUGGCCACAGAGCCAGAAUCCUGGUCCUCCCAAACAGCUGUGGAACUACAGGACUUUUUCCAGGACUGCGGUGCCAAGGAGAGGGGCUUUGUUACCCGUGAGGACAUGGCGGCAGCAAAGUUCAGCUUCCUGGGCAGCGAGGAGGAGCCAGAGAUGAUCUUCGACUGGAUGGACAUGGAGCGGAAGGGACGCCUCUCCCUUGAAGAAUUCAGCUCUGGGCUCAAGAGCAUCUUUGGCUCCAGCCUGAGCACCCACAGACUCCGCAGAAGGAGGCCACUGCCCUCCAAACGGAGAUCUGCAGCUGCCAGCUUCCCGGCACUGGAGGAGGCCAACACGGAGGAGAAGGAGGCGUUCCUUGCCUUCAUGGAGAAGCUGGGGCCCAGCCACUUACUUCCUGAGCAAGCGGAGAUUUGGCAGCUGUGGUGGAAGCUGCGGCAGGAGGAGCCCCACCUGGCAGGCAAUCUGGAGGGCUUUCUGGCCAAGAUGAUCAGUCGCCUGCAAGAGGUGCGGGCUGACAAGGAGGCUCUGGAGCUGAGCCUGAGGAAGCGUGACUCUGAUCACCAUCGCGAGGUCCAGGAGCUCUACGAGGAGAUGGAGCAGCAAAUCCGCCGGGAGAAGCAGCAGCUGCAGGCUGAGAGCAACUCCCGGGACGUGGCCCUCAGCUUGCAGAUGCAAGAGGUCCUGGAGGCCAAGGAGCGUGAGGUGCAGCGGCUAGCUGAGGGCCAGAGGGAGCUGCAGGCCCAGCUUGACCAUCUCAGUAGCACCCACCAGGAGGCCAACUCAGAGAAUCAGCAGCUUCGAGAGGCUGAGAAAGACCUGGUUGGGCAACUGAAAGAGGUGCAGGGACAGCUGCAGGUGACCAGGGGACACCUGAAAGCUGCCAAGGGCCGAGUGUCAUGGCAGGUGGAAGAGGAGGAACCAAGUGUCCCCAGAGCAGUGGAAGAGAAGGCCCCAGCUCCCCAGGCCAUCUCCCCUGAGGAGUCAUCCCUGCCCAGGCUGUUUGGGGACAACGACAGCUGGGACCAGCUCCUGAGCUUUAGCAGUCCCCCACUCAGACCCCUGCAGCUCUCCUGGAGUCCGCCCCCCACUCCAAGGGCCCCCUCAGCCCCUGAUACACCCCGUGUGGUCAGGCAGAUCUCCAUUUCGGGGCCACAAGCUCUGCCGUUUGGUCAGAAGCCAUCUUCAGAGCCAGAUGGGGCUUCUAGGAGUCCCCCUGGGGGGACUUGCAGGGCUGAGGAAGGGAGAGGAGGGGACCCAGAUGGGCAGGACAUCAAUUCAGAGCAGCCUAUGGAGCCUCCUGGCCUGGAGGCCAAGGGGGAGCCAAGGCCUGAUCCUGAGUCCUACUUUCGCUGGGAUCUCCUGGGGGCCCCAGCUGGGCAGUCAGGGGGCCCGGUGGCAGCCACACUAAAAGUGCUCAUUCAUUCGGAAGAUGGGUCCCUUCCUCAUGUGGAGCCUCCCCCUCUCCAGGCCCCAGCUGGGCCCAGUGAAUUGCCCCCAGCCUCAGAUCCAGAUGACAAAGGCCCCAAGCCUGGGCCUGCCCCAGUCAAGCCACACAGGCAGAGAGAGGCCUUCCAUCAGGACCCACACACUGCUGGCUCUGAGCCAGGUUUGGGGCCCCUGGGGGCCGGGAUCCUCACAUUGGAACCAGCUAAGCCCUCCCAGGGUCAGGAACCUGUGGCUCCCAAAGAAGGGCUGGAGCCAAGGAAGCCAGGCCCAGAUGAGCAGGAGGGCCACUCCGGGAGACUAAGAGAGGCUCAUGUCCAGGCCCUCGGGCCAGGUGGGCCACCCAGCCUCCACCACCAGAGUCUGGAAAAGGAGCCUUGGGCUGGAGAAGGAAAGCAAGAGGACCGAGGUGGGCAGGAUGUGGGUCCAGUGCAGUCAGUUGAGUCUGAGGGCCUGGAAGCUGGGCCUUCAGAACACCCCCUGCAAGAUGCUCUGCCUGCUACUCCCCCACAUGGUCCACCCCAGGCUCAGGCUAAAGUAGAGGCCCCUGUUCCCGGGAAACCAUCAGCCCCAGGCAUCCCCUUCCCCAUGGGGGCUCAGCCUAGUGAUGGAGCAGGGCCCCAGGAACCCACACAAACCCUUCCCACCACAGUUGAGCUGGAAGCCCAACUCAGAUUCCCACCCACAGCUGCUCAAGCAGAAGGAGGGCAAGGCCUCCCUCAAUCCGGGGAGCCAAGGGCAGAGAGCAGACCUGAAGACCCAGGAACGGAAUCCCGGAAGGCUGGGCAGCCCCCACUCCCAGGGGACCUCCCGGCCAACGAGCCUCAGGAUGACCCUGAUUACAUCUUCCAUGUCAUCUUCCUGGGGGACUCAAAUGUGGGCAAAACCUCUUUCCUGCACCUGCUGCAUCAGAACUCCUUUGCCGCUGGCCUGACAGCUACCGUGGGAGCUGGGAGUCUCCUUUGGGGAGUGCAGUGCUGCCCUGGGUCACAACAUCCUGGAGCCUAUAGUGAACUUGGCCCGGUCACUCAAGGUGCAAGAAGACCUCCUGAGGGGUUCGCUGGUGGAGGUGGUCCCCAAGAGGCCACCAAAGAGAACUGGCUGCUGCUCCUGACCACCUGCGCUGGCCAGGGUAGGACGGCCACCCCUUGGGUUUCUUGUCCCUCAGCUCCUGUCCCGCAUGCCUGGCCACAGCUGGGGCAGAGAGGACAGCUAGGAAGUUCAUGAAAAUCCUUGUCAGCUCAGGACUUGGACCCCAGGGUGGGGCCCUUUGCACUCUGAAGAAGGACUUUACUGGGUAGACAAGGUUGGGGGUGUGGGGGGGUGAGGGCGUUUAAAACCCUUUAAAGAAAGGAAAAGUCCCAAAAAACAGACUUAAGGAUAAUACACCAAAAUAUUGGCCACACAUCUCUGGGUGGUAAAAUUUUAGGGUGAAUAUGUGGGGGUGUUAUUUUCUUUUUUAUGUGUAUUUGUAUUUUCAGAUUUUCUGCAAUGGCUAGGUAUUCCUUCUCUAAUCAGAAUAAAAAUGUUGAGGGGGAGGAAAAAGUUUCCAAGGAGCAUGCUUUGGUGCUGAUAAAUAACGUGGCCUGUUAUUAUGGAUUGAAUUGUGUCCCCCUCAAAAUAUGUGAUGUUAAUCCUAACUUCUAUGCCUCUGGUUAUGAUCACACUUGGGAAUGAGUUUUCUGUUAUGUUAACGAGGCAGGAUCAGUGUAGGCUGUGUGUUGAGUUAACCUCUUACAAAAGAUAAAAAGAGCAGAUUAGGCAAGCCGGAUUUCGGAGAAGAGAGAUGACGAGUCACACGAAGACUAUCCAGGAGCAGAAGCUCAGAAGAGACAAGAACCUUCCUCCAGAGCCAGCAGAGAGAGAAAGCCUUCUCCUAGAGCUGGCACCCUGAAUUCAGACUUCUAGCCUACUGAACAACGAGAAAAUAAAUUUCUGUUUGUUAAAGCCACCCACUUGGCGGUAUUUCUGUUCUAGCAACACCAGAUAACUAAGACGCCUGUGAACUACAAACUGCUCUGUUCAAGCAGUCCCUCUGUUCUGUGCCUGGCAGUUGUUGUUUGGUGCUGUGGAGUCAGCCUCCAACUCAUGGCAACCCCGGCAGAAGUGAAUGAAAUCAUGCCCAGCCCUGCCCCAUCCCCUUGAUUCGUUGAGGAUCAGACUGUUGGAAUCCAUACCGGUUUCAUUAGCUGAUUUUCGCCAGUAGGUCAGUCACCAGCUACGCUGAAGCCUGUCUAGCAUCACAGCAACACACAGAUGGGUGGAGGCUGUACAUGAGGUGCAUCGGCUGGGAACUAAACCUGGGUCUCUUACGCAGAAGAUAAGAAUUCCACCACUGAACCAUCUCUGCCCCCUUUGUGCCUGGCAGAAGUGUGUUAACCUUGUUUCACAAAGUGUAUUUAUUUGCAAGUGUGGGGUUUCUUCUGAGGAGAAUCCAGUGCUAGGGGAAGAGCCAUGUUCUGAUGUAUUCUGAUGUCCUCCUGUAUCCCUGAGCCCCAACCCCACUGCCUUUCCCCAUGAUCCACCUCUAAGGGCUCACAUUCAGGAACACCCCUCCUAACCCCGAUGGCACAGUAUCCCCUGGUGCAGCCUUUGCCCCGAGGUGUCAAC